UUUCUGCAAGAAUCCAAGAUCCAUCUAGCUUCAGACUUUCAAAUUCUAGCUAGAGCUGAUUGCAGCCUGCCUCGAGCUCAGCUGGUCUUAUUUUGGGUAAGUCCGUCUAGGUAUGCUGUCUGUCUCCCUUCCGAGCUGAUUGCAGCAGCUUUUAAGGGAACAGUAUAGAUCACUGUCUUUGCUCUUGCCUCACUUUGUCCGCGGGUCGUUUUGGACAACCUCAUCAUGGCCGAAGGUGAUGCACAUGCGGACCUGAGUGCACAUCAGCGGCUAGAAAUGAUUGGACUGCCUGCAAACCUGCUUCCCCCUAAUGUAGCCAGCUACACAUACUCAGAGAUCGAUGGAAGCUUUGAGGUAUGUUUUACACACGAGGUGGUCACAGAGAUUGCAAACGAGGACGUCAAAUUUGAGGAGGUGAUUAAGGGUAAGAUGACAGAGCUCGCGCUAUUUGAUCUUUUAGGUGUGAAAACGAAACAGUUUUUCUGGUUGACAAUAGGCGCGAUCACUAGGCCCGCACGUGAUUCUGAAAAGAUCUAUUUCAAGGUAGGCCCGCUGAAAUCAGGGAUUCCAGUGUCUGCCUUCAAAGACCCCAUCAAAGUAUCGUAGACCAUGUUGUGUGGAUCAUGUAACAGGAUCCACUUCGAUUUCGUUUUCUACCGCAACAUAUAUUCGAGCUAGCCAGCAGAACUGAAGAUCUGAGUUGAUCUCCGUUGAUCCAAUUGUUCUCUGAGGCCAAGACGAGCUACUUUCCAGCUCUUUCAAAGAUAUCGAGGAGCCACGUCUUGAGCAAGAGAAGGUUCUCAGUUAGAUUGGCAGCUUCGAAGUGAAGCCCUGACUUUAAGAGGAAUUUUAGCAACUGCAUGUAUAUUAGUAUUCAGCAAAGGCGAUUGGACAUGUAGAUCGGCUAUAGGUAUUGGGACAGUCCUUGCUGCAUGGCAUGGACAUGGUUGUUGAUUAGAGUAUUCUCUUG